AUGACUCCAAAGAGUGUUAUAGCCUUUCAUUUAAUUAUUUUUCUCUUACAUUUGUGCCAUGGAGAUGAAGGGAAAUCAUGUUCAGAUGCAGCUUGCAGUGAAGAAGGUCCUCCGAUCCGUUUUCCCUUUAGGCUCAAGGAUCGACAGGCAGAGAGUUGUGGUUACCCAGGGUUUGAAUUAUCCUGCUCUGAGAAGAAUGAAACACUGAUUGAAAUUCCAAAAUCAGGGCAGUUUUUCGUAGCAAAAAUAGAUUAUGAUGACCAGAAAAUUUACAUGGGUGACCCCCAGGGUUGCAUGGCGAGAAGGCUUAUAAACUUGACCCUCCCAACAAGUCCUUUCACGAUUUUCGGGAAUCAUUCCAUACUGCUCAACUGCUCGUCAAGAAUUGAAAAACAAGAUGUAGUACACAUAGAUUGUCUCAGCAGUUCCAGUCAUCCUGUUUAUGGUGUCUCUGAUUCAACUUACGUGAGUCAAGAUCUUCUCUCUUGCCGCCCCAUUGCAGAUGUUACCCCGUCUUAUAUUGAUGAUAUCCAAUCUCUUAUGGGGGAAUCAUAUUCGUUAUAUAAUUUUACAAAACUUUCGUGGAAAAUCCCGGUGUGCGGUUCUGAUUGUCGAAUCAGAGGAGGAAAAUGUCGAUUCAAGAGUUAUAACAGUUUGGAAGUCGAAUGUUUCACUGAACAUAUUCCUCCAUACGAAAGUCCCCAGCAUGAAGAGAAAUCAUCAGGGCAUAUCAAUAAAGGAGUAAGCAUCGGAAUUUCUGUCGGAAUUCUUACUCUAACGCUCAUGGUCACAUUAAUUAUCUUGUACUUGAGAUCAAGAAGAGCAAAAGUGCUGGAGAAUCGAAAGAAAAUUAUGAAAUUUUUGGAAGAUCUUAGGCCUCUCAAUCCGACAAGAUACUCAUUUGCAGAUCUUCGAAAGAUGACAAAUGAAUUCGAGAAGAAGCUAGGCCAAGGAGGCUAUGGAAGUGUAUUCAAAGGUAAGCUUGAAAAUGGAGUGCUGGUAGCUGUGAAAGUACUCGACAACUCCAAAGGCAAUGGAGAAGAUUUCACUAAUGAAGUCAGCACAAUUGGGAGGAUUUAUCAUGUCAAUGUGGUUCGAUUGUUGGGUUAUUGUGCGGAUGGGUCGGACCGAGCUCUUGUCUACGAGUUCAUGCCAAACAAGUCGUUAGAUAAAUUCAUAUUCCCAGCGAAUUCAAAUAGGCCGAAACUUAGUUGGGGAAAGCUUCAUGAUAUUGCCAUUGGUGUGGCAAGGGGAAUCGAGUACCUUCAAGAGGGAUGUGACGAAAGAAUCCUGCAUUUUGAUAUCAAGCCACAAAAUAUCUUGUUAGACAUGGACUUCAAUCCUAAGAUAUCAGAUUUUGGCUUAGCGAAGCUUCUUCCGAGGAAGGAAAGUGUUGUGCCUAUAACUGCUGUUAGAGGAACCAUGGGUUACAUUGCACCAGAGGUCUAUUUCUCUGGGAACAUUGGGAAUGUGUCAUAUAAAACAGAUGUUUACAGUUUCUGUAUGUUGUUAUUUGAAAUGGUUGGAAGUAAGAGAAACACGGAUCUUACAGUGGAAAACACAAGCCAAGUUUACUUUCCUCAGUGGGUUUACAAUCGCCUUGCAGGUGGGGAGGAUUUGGGAAUUAAAGAGGAAAAAGAUGGAGAUACUGACAUUGCGAAGAAGUUAUCAGUUGUGGCAAUCUGGUGCGUACAAUGGGAUCCGAGCAGUCGUCCUUCGAUAAGCAAUGUAAUACAGUUGUUGGAAGGAAGAACAGGAAGCUUACCCCUGCGCCUGCCACCGGAUCCUUUUGCUUCCCUCAGCUCGGAAGAAAGUGACAUGAAUGUCCCAUGAGCAGGCCAAUCUUGG